AUUGCAUGGUGCGGAGGGCAGACACGAUACGAGAGAGAGUGAAAUUGAGAAUAUGGGGCUCAGGAGCGUUGUGUGGGAAGAUCUCUCCGUGCAGGUCGCCGCCGACACGAGGGUGCUUCUCCAUCCGACCACCGCCUUCGCUCAAUCUGCUCGUCUCUUUGCUCUCUUGGGUCCUUCCGGCUCCGGCAAGACCACCCUUCUCCACUCUCUUUCCGGAAGACCUCAUGCAAAUGCUUCAGUGACCGGCGACAUCCUAAUUAAUGGGAAGAAGAGAAAGUGGCAUCAUGGAGAGAUGUCUUAUGUUGCUCAAGAAGAGACUUUCAUGGGAACUUUGACGGUGAGAGAAACUCUCACAUACUCUGCGAAAAUGAGGUUGAUUUCAAAAAUGACCAAAGAAGAGAUAAGUCAGGUGGUUCAGCGCACUAUAAUGGAAAUGGGACUUGAAGAAUGUGCUGAUAAUCAUAUUGGGAACUGGCAUUUGCGAGGAAUCAGUAAUGGUGAAAAGAAGAGACUGAGCAUUGGCCUUGAGAUUCUCACGCAACCUAGCGUGUUAUUUCUCGAUGAACCUACCAGCGGACUCGAUAGUGCCUCGGCUUUCUACGUAAUCCAAUCCCUAAGCCAGAUAGCUCUGGGCGGAAAAAUAAUUAUGUGUUCGAUUCACCAACCGAGUAAUGAAAUCUUUCAUCUGUUUGAUGAUUUGCUUCUGCUCUCAGGUGGAGAAACUGUUUAUUUCGGCGAGGCCAAGAUGGCUUUAGAGUUUUUUGCUAAUGCAGGCUUCCCCUGCCCAACAAGAAGAAACCCUUCAGAUCACUUCCUUCUAUGCGUCAAUCUGGACUUUGAAUUGAUUGCAACAUCAUCGAAUUCUGCAAUGGACGUCAAAACAUCGGAGGGUAGAGCGGCCCUUAUUCACAGUUACAAAACAUCAGAGAUAAUGGUCAACGCAAGAAGAAAGAUUCAAGAUCUGAUAUCUGAUCCGCAGGAAGAAAUGGUAAUUCAGUCCGACAUUAGAACAAGCACUAGCACUUGGUGGAAGCAACUCUGCACAUUGACCCAACGAUCUUUCCUGAACAUGACCAGGGACAUGGGUUAUUACUGGCUCAGGAUCAUUUUCUACGUAAUGGUCUCAAUCAGUGUUGGAACCCAAUUUUAUCAUAUUGGUACACACAGCACCUCAAUCUUAGCCAGAGGAAAGUGCAUAUCAUUCAUCUACGGCUUCAUGAUUUGUUUAUCAUGUGGAGGAUUGCCAUUUUUCAUUGAAGAAUUAAAGGUGUUCUAUGGUGAAAGGUCCAAAGGACAUUAUGGGGAAGCCGUGUUUGUACUGUCAAACAUCCUAUCAUCGUUCCCUUUCCUUGUUCUGACAUCGCUCUUAUCCGGAACGAUCAUAUACUACAUGGUGCAGUUUCAUCCAGGCUUAACCCAUUAUGCAUUCUUCUGCAUCAACUUGUUCUGCUGCUUAUCAGUUGUCGAGGGCUGCAUCAUGGUUGUGGCCUCAAUGGUUCCCAAUGUCCUGAUGGGCAUUGGAGUAGGAACUGGUGUAAUAAUCUUUAUGAUGAUGUCUUCACAAAUCUUCAGACCACUACCCGACAUUCCCAAGUUCUUUUGGCGCUAUCCUAUGUCCUACCUCAGUUUUGCAACUUGGGCUGUACAGGGACAGUACAAGAAUGACAUGGUGGGGCUAGAGUUUGAUGCUCUGCUACCUGGUGAGUCAAGAGUAAAGGGAGAGCAAAUCCUAAAGACGGUAUUUGGGGUUCCAUUGGAUCAUGGCAAGUGGUGGGACUUAACAGCGUUGCUUUCAUUACUAUUACUUAACCGAAUGCUCCUCUUUGUUGUACUUUGGCACAACAAUAGGCCCAAAAUAAGCAUGCUGGGGCAUUACGCAAAGGUCUUUGCUGCAAGAUUUUCACCAAGUAAAAUGCCAUCUGUCUCUUCCAAUAAGAAGCAACUUGCUCUCCGGCCAUUAUCUUCUCAAGAGGGUCUCAUGUCCCCGAAUUUUGCAAUUUGAUGCUUUUGGAUAUUGCAAUCAUGUAAAUUCAAGUGGUUAUUCAUCGAGUCUUUAUCAUCAGGAUGAGCUCUAA